CGGAGGAUGCCGCUUCUGCUUAAACAUGGCGGCGGCGAGGAGGAGUCUCCUGCAGAGCGAGCAGCUAUCAAGCUGGACAGAUGACUUGCCCCUCUGCCACCUCUCUGGUGUGGGUUCAGCCCCUAACCGUUCCUACACUACAGAUGGAAAGGGAACAGAAGCCCACCCCUUAGAGGACAACUGGUUGAAAUUCACGAGUGAGAACAACUGCUACCUCUAUGGAGUCUUCAAUGGCUAUGAUGGCAACCGGAUCACGAACUUUGUGGGAGAGAGACUCUCAGCAGAGCUCCUAUUGGGCCAACUGAAUGCAGACCAUGAUGAUGCUGAUGUGCGCAGAGUCUUGCUGCAGGCUUUUGAUGUGGUAGAAAGGAGUUUCUUAGAAUCCAUCGACGAUACAUUGGCAGAGAAAGCCAGCCUACAAUCCCAAUUGCCAGAGGGGGUCCCCCAUCACCAGCUGCCUUCUCAGUACCAGAAAAUUUUGGAACGGUUAAAGGCGUUAGAAAAGGAAAUCUCUGGAGGAGCUAUGGCUAUUGUGGCAGUCAUUCUUAACAACAAGCUCUACAUCGCCAAUGUAGGAACCAACCGUGCACUUCUGUGCAAAUCUACCGUGGAUGGGUUGCAAGUGACACAGCUCAACAUGGAUCACACCACAGAGAAUGAGGAUGAGCUAUUCCGUUUUUCCCAGCUGGGUCUGGAUGCUGCAAAAAUAAAGCAAGUAGGAACCAUAUGUGGGCAGGAGAGUACCCGGCGCAUCGGGGAUUAUAAGGUCAAAUAUGGCUACAGUGAUAUUGAGCUUCUGAGUGCUGCAAAAUCUAAACCAAUCAUAGCAGAGCCUGAAAUUCACGGAGGGCAUCCACUAGAUGGAGUCACAGGCUUUCUUGUUCUGAUGUCAGAAGGGCUCUAUAAAGCACUGGAAGCAGCUCAUGGGCCUGGGCAAGCCAAUCAGGAGAUUGCAGCCAUGAUUGCCACGGAGUUUGCUAAGCAAACCUCACUGGACUCCGUGGCUCAAGCUGUGGUAGAUCGAGUGAAGCGCAUUCACUGUGACACACAUGCCAGUGGUGGUGAACGGUCCAAGCUCUGCUCUCGGCAUGAGGACAUGACACUGCUGGUGAGGAAUUUUGGGUACCCGUUGGGUGAGAUGAGCCAGCCCACACUGACCCCAACACAAGGUGGCCGGGUGUAUCCUGUCUCGGUGCCCUAUUCCAGUACCCAGAGCACAAGCAAGACCAGUGUAACGUUAUCUCUUGUCAUGCCUUCCCAAGGUCAGAUGGUCAAUGGUGCCCACAGUAGCUCCACGCUGGAUGAAGCCACACCCACCCUCACUAAUCAAAGCCCAACAGUGACCCUCCAGUCUACCAACACACACACCCAGAGUAGCAGCUCAAGCUCCGAUGGGGGGCUCUUCCGUUCCCGCCCCUCUCACUCUCUCCAGCCGGAUGAAGAUGGGCGUGUUGAGCCUUAUGUGGACUUUGCGGAGUUCUACCGCCUCUGGAACAUGGAUCACAGUGAACAGGGGGCACUCACUGUGUCAUAAUGAAUGGCAAUCAAGCCCCAUGAACUCCCAUUAGGUGGGGAAAUGGAACUAAGUGAGCCGGGAAAGGCUCUUCUCCCUGCCAGCCACAUUCUGCCAUAAAGCACGAUCCUCUUUUGGGGAUGAUGCUGACGAUGAGACAGGUUUUUCUCACCCUCUUGUUGGGCAUGUUACCUCAGUCUAUUUGCCCCUUUCCCUAUGAAACCAUGUGGGCAUCAGAGGGGGCUGUGAAUUCCUGCACUUCUGGUAUUCUAGGCGGUCGGCAAUCAGGGCUCUGUUGUGGAGAAGACAUGGGUCUGUCAAGGGAUGUACAGUGUGUGUUUGUGUGUGUGUAUAUAUGCUGCUGUUCAAGAUUUAAGGCUGGAAAUACUGCAUCACAGUACUGAUGUGUUAACUCCAUGGAUAUACCUCUGUUCUGCAGAAUAAAUGGUAACUUAUA